CCCUGCUUUUAGAUGUUGGGUUAUCUCCCUCAGGGGGAUAACUGAAGGAUGUUGAUGUUAUCCCCCUCAGGGGGAUAACAUCGCCCGGUACCCACAGGGAGGCAUCUCGCGGUAACCACCGCCGCCCAGUGAGGGAGCGCAACGCCACGCGCUGCCCGCCGAGCUCCGCACCCACGCACCCCUCAGGCAGGUGACGACGCCGACGCCGAAAUCUUGCUCCCUCUCCCUCUCUCGACGAUGAGUCUGAUCCAGAAGUGGGAUUUGGCCCACAAUCCGAUGAUCGCCAUGGCCCCCCUCGCCCUCCCCGAAGCCGCGCCGAACCGCAUCGCGCUGUCAGUUACGAGGUGCUCUCGCCCGAUCAGGCUGGUGUAAAUUGAUCUCCUUGCUCGGCUCGUCACAACGAGAUGUGACGAUCGCUCCGUCGGCGAGAGAGGCAUCGAUCGAUUGAUUGAUCAUAGUCGUCGUUGUUCUUGUUCCUGUUGUUGUCGGUGGAUCGAUCGAUCGAUCGAUCGAUCGGAAGAAAGAAAGAAACACGAGGCUAUAGGAAGGGAGCGACGAGAUGGGUUCCGAAGCUCGAGCACCGCCGGCCAUGAGGUUCAACCUGACGGGCUUCGGCAAGUUCCACAAUGUGCCGGAGAACCCUUCGGAGACGAUCGUGAGGAAGGCGCGCGAGGUGCUGGGCGAUCGUCCGCUGCCCUUCGGCGCCACCAUCGCCGGCUGCACGGUGCUGGACACGGCGGGCGCCGGAGGCCUCGAGGCGCUGCGGGCCAUCCUGGACGCGGCGCUGGUCGCUGGCGCCGCGAGCCCGAAGGAGGGCGCCGAGGGCGCGAAGGGCGCCGAUGGCGCCGAGGGCGCAGAGGCGGUGGUGGUGUGGGUGCACUUGGGGGUGAACGGAGGCGCGACGAGGUUCGCGAUCGAGCAGCGGGCGGUGAACGAGGCGACCUUUCGGUGCGCGGACGAGAUGGGCUGGGAGCCGGAGGAGGAGCCAGUCGUGGCCGCCGAUGGCGCCAUCUCGCGAGUGCGCGAGACGGCCUUCGCGGCGGGCAAGAUCACCGAGGCGAUGCAGAAGCAGGGCUUCGACGUGGCACUGUCCACCGACGCCGGGCGAUUCGUCUGCAACUACGUCUACUACCAGUCGCUGCGGCACGCGGCCACCCAUGGCACCCGCAGCCUCUUCGUCCACGUUCCGCCCUUCAGCGUCAUCCCGCUCGACAAGCAGCUCGAAUUCGUCGGCGCCCUCCUCCGCUUCCUGGCCUCCUACGGCGCCUGCUGACCGCCCGGCCCCCUCUCCCUCUCCCUGUACAGACACCCCCGAGCGCCAUCUCCCAGCGCUUUGUGGAUAUGCCGGUGGCAAUAACUGCACCCCCUACUUCUUCUUCUUCUUCUUCUUCCCUCCCUCUGCCUUGUACAGACAGACUGACAGACUCGAUUCAACUCCUGGCGCUUUGUGGAUAUGCUAUUAAGGCAAUAAAGACUCCCCUGUUCUGAUUGUGUUC